AUGUCUUCAAUUUUACCAGGUUUCUUAUCUCAACAGAUACUUGCCAAUCAUUUACAGACAUUGGAAACUAGAUUCACUCCCUGGGACGACGCAUCAGAUAUAUUCUCCAUCUUUAAUUCACCGGUCUGUCCCGUGGAAGUGAAUCCUGCUGUUGAGAAAACAAACUCAUGUCAAGUUCUAAACAAAAGCGACCCCUGUCCUGGUAUGGAAGACAGACCUUCUAACCUGACCGGUUUGAACGUUUUCUUCCCUAAAAAGGAUGAGCGGCAAAAGAAACGGAAAAAAUCAAAUCGGGAAUCUGCUAGGCGGUCAAGGAUGAAGAAACAAAAAUACCUAGACGAUUUGAGAAGCCAGCUUAACCAGCUCAAUACCGAGAACCGAGAACUAGAAAACCAGCUCCGGUACGUUAUGCACCAUUGUCAAGGCGCGAAUAUGGAAAAUGAUCGUCUACGAGUGGAAAACCAAAUUCUACAUGAGAAGCUGAUGAGCUUAAGACAAGCUUUGGUGCUGCGACAAAUCCAGCAGAGCUCAACGUGUGCCACUUGGUCGUGCGUUAACAGUACUGUUGUAACGGUCCAUCAGAAUCCGUCAAUGCUGAGAGAUCACGUAAUUUGA